UUGAAGAUUUUCAGCUUUGCAGAGACAUCAUGUGCUCUCUGCUUCCCUUUUUCUCCCUGCUACUGAUCUGCGCAACAGGGUCAUGGGCGAUGGAUGUCACAAUGCCCUUUAUGGAGUACCUGGACCAGGAGCAACUGGUGUGCCUGAAGUGGGGCUUUGACAAUCCCGUUGAUGACAUUACAUUCCAGCUGGCAGUCAACACCACAGGCUGGGUGGGUUUUGGUUUGAGCCCGAACGGAGACAUGAAAGGAUCAGACAUCGUCAUAGGAGGAGUUGGAUCCAGUGGAAGCUACUUCUCGGAUCAAUACGCCACGGGCAACUCCAUGCCUCUAGAGGAUGCACAGCAGAGCUACACUCUCCUCUCUGUGCGGGAAAAUGAGGGGCAAACCGUCAUGACCUUUAAGAGGCCUAUUAAAACGUGUGAUGAUAAAGACUUCCAGAUCACUCCUCAGCCCAUCAAACUCAUCUUUGCCUAUGGGAAAACAGAUGAGAUCUCUUACCACGGGUCCAGACGAGGCACCAAAGAAGUAAAUCUACUGAACUAUAUGCCAAAGUCCAUCCCAACCAACUCCAGCUAUCUUAGUGCUAUGGUGGACAACAUCAUAGUCCCUUCCAACACUACCUACUAUCACUGCAAAGUCAUGAAGUUCCCAAAGUUAAAUACAAAACAUCAUAUUUACCAGAUCGAGCCCGUGAUCGACCACCUUGACCUCGUUCAUCAUAUGCUGCUGUACCAUUGUCCCCCCAAAGUGACAGAGCCUUAUGACAAGCCAUGCUACAUGGGAGAUAUAGGAGACAGCUGCUUUGGAGUAGUGGCUUCUUGGGGAGUGGGAGGCGGGGUGUACAAGCUUCCGGAAAAUGUGGGAAUUCCCAUUGGAGGAGAGAAUAGCGAUGCACUCUAUAGGCUGGAAAUCCAUUACAAUAACCCAGAGAGGAAAGAAGGCAUUAAAGACAGCUCAGGACUAAGAUUACACUAUACUGCAAAGCUACGGCAGCAUGAUGUGGGCAUUAUGACUACAGGUGUCUUACCAGGAAGAGUGAAGUACGAUAUCCCUGCAAAAGCCAACCAGUUCCUCACCUACGCCAUGUGCAACACAUCUUACUUUUCAAAGUUUUUUAACCCUGUGCCUGAUCUUCAAGUGUUUGCUGUGCUCUUGCACACUCACUUGGCUGGGAGGAAAGUCAGAGUAGGCCACUUCAGAAAUGAACGACAGAUAGAUUUCUUGGGCAUAGAUGAAAACUACAACUUUGAUCUACAACAGACUGUCAGUUUGGGAAGCAUAAAGACAAUCAAGGAGGGUGAUGAAAUUGUAGUGGAGUGCACCUACAAUACUACCAAUCGUGCUUCAGUCACUAAGAUGGGGUUAGCAACUACUGAUGAGAUGUGCCUUGCUUUCCUGUUCUACUACCCCGCGAUCAACAUCACCUCAUGCGUUAGCAUUCCAGAUGCCAGAGGAGUGCCGAUGGACGCAGAGAAAAUACCCGUGGAUAAGAUCACUGAGUAUGAGAUGAUGUUAAAGAAGGCACCGCAAUAUCAAGCAAUCUUAAACAGCAAUCACAAUGCAUUCUUUUUCCAAAAUGGUACUGUAAGGGAUCUGAUGAAGACACCUGCUGCUUGCCAGAUUAGAAACACUUCAAACAGAUUCAGCACAUCCUGGAUUGUGAAUCUUGCAGGAAUCAUACUUGUGCUACUCUGGAUUAUAUUAAUGUAGCCCAGGCAUUGGCAAUAUUGCCAGUUGCAAUCCCUAUAAAGGAAGACAGAGUUGAUCAAAUCUUUACUGUAUCGACAUUACAUCAGAUUUUCCAAGCUUUUGGUUUCUCUUUUUAUGAUAUCAUUGAUCUUUCUUGUUAAAUGUUAAUCACAGUCAUUUUCUUUAGCACCUUAAUGAUUUUCAUACUAAGCACAGGGACAUGGAUAUUUACAUUACACAUAUUAAUACUUAGCCAGUGUAAUAUUAUGUUAGCACAACUUCAGUUUGUAAGCUGGGAUACUGUUUCUACCACAGCAGCAAUAAAAAGAUUUAUUGUUUCUAAAAUGGUAAUAAUAAAAGUUUGCAUGAUUUUCAGUA